GAUGAGGGGAUGACCCUGGCUGGUGGUGGGGGGGGGUUGAGUGUGACCCUAGGUAGUGGGGGAUGACCCCCCAGCAGGGGCCUGAGCUCAACCCCCCUAAACCUCUGUUGGCCAGUCUGUGAACUAGGGGUGGGCAGUACCAGCUCACAGGGGAUCAUUUUCCCAGGCUCUGCCACCUGCCUGGUGAGGUCCAGGCAGAGGUGGGUGGUGACUAGCUGAGGGAGAGGCAGGAAAGCACUUGCCGGGUGCCUGAGGGACCGCAGUCUAGCUUUCUCCUGGUUGCAGCUAUCCAGCAGCCCAGGGAGGACGGGGUGACUCUCCAGGGCGGCAGUGUCUGCAGCAAAGGGAGUCUGGGUGCCCACCGCUGCCCCCCUGCAGCUGCCAGCCCUGCCCUGCCCUCAUGGGGCUGACCUGGAAGAAUUGGGUCCUCACGGCCCUGCUAGGGGCCGCAGCGGCCUCAGGCCUCACCACGCUCAUUCUCCUCCUGGCGGAGGCCACCAGUGUCCUGCUGCCUGCAGACACCAAGUUUGGGAUUGUGUUUGACGCCGGGUCCUCCCACACAUCCCUCUUCGUGUACCGGUGGCCGGCAGGCAAGGAGAACAGCACAGGUGUGGUCAGCCAGGCCCUGGCCUGCCGGGUGAGAGGGCCUGGAAUCUCCUCCUAUGCCUCCAAUCCUGCACAGGCUGGUGAGAGCCUGCAGGGCUGCCUGGAGGAGGCGCUGGCCCUGAUCCCGGAGGCACGGCAUCAGGAAACCCCCAUGUUCCUGGGGGCCACGGCCGGCAUGAGGCUGCUCAGCCAGAAGAACAGCUCUCAGGCAGGAGACAUCUUUGCGGCAGUCAGCCGGGUCCUGGGCCAGGCUCCCCUGGACUUUUGGGGUGCUGAGCUCCUGGCUGGGCAGGAUGAAGGUGCCUUGGGUUGGAUUACCAUCAACUAUGUCCUGGGCAUGCUGAUCAAGUACUCCUUCUCUGGAGAAUGGAUCCGGCCUCUGGAGGGGACCCUGGUGGGUGCCCUGGACAUGGGUGGAGCCUCCACCCAGAUCACCUUUGUGCCUGGAGGCCCCAUACUGGACAAGAGCACUCAGGCCACCUUCCGCCUCUACGGCUCUGAGCACAGGGUCUACACCCACAGCUACCUCUGUUUCGGGCGUGACCAGAUGCUGACCAGACUCCUGGCUCGGCUGGUGGAGAGCAGCCCCGGCCCCCUGGUCCGCCACCCAUGCUACCACAGCGGCUACUGGACCAGGCUGUCCCCGGCCACCCUGUAUGAGUCACCCUGUGUCCACACCACACCCCCUCCAGACCUGGCCUGGAAUCUCACGGUAGAAGGAACAGGGAACCCUGGGGCCUGCGUCUCUGCCAUCCGGGGCCUCUUCAACUUCUCCAGCUGUGAGGGCCGAAGACACUGUGCCUUCGACGGGGUCUACCAGCCCCCCGUGCGGGGCCGGUUCUAUGCCUUCUCCAACUUCUACUACACCUUCUACUUCCUGAACCUCACCUCCAAGCAGCCGCUAGCCACCGUCAACGCCACUAUCUGGGAGUUCUGCCAGAGACCCUGGAAGCAGGUGGAGGCGAGCUCGCCAGGGCAGGACCGCUGGCUGCAGGACUACUGUGCCUCAGGCCUGUAUAUACUCACACUGCUGCGCGAGGGCUACGGGUUCAGGGAGGAGACCUGGCCCGACAUCGAGUUCCACAAGCAGGCCGGUGGCACUGACAUUGGCUGGACGCUGGGCUACAUGCUGAACCUGACCGGCGUGAUCCCGGCCGAGGUGCCCGCCCGGUGGCGGGCGCAGAGCUAUGGCAUCUGGGCGGCUGGGGUCGUCUUUGCGGGGCUGACUCUCUUGGCUACCCUUGGGGCUGUGGCAGUCCACCUCCUGCGGCCCCGGGGCUAAGCUGGGCUGCCCCAGGCUGGACGGCUGUGC